GUGGCGCAUCCAGUCGUUUGCAGCAAGCGAGAUGUCGGCAAAUUACUGGCUAACCAUUCUGGCUGCAGUAUUUUGCACACAGUUCUUUAUAGCUACCGGCGUUCAAGCUGCACAGCCCGCCAAUCAAGAUUUGCAAACUUUUAUCGCUCGUGUCGAACGUCUGAUUCUCGAUACCACCGAUCGCGCGCUGAUUAUCACCCGAAAUGUUUAUCUGCACAUCAGCAAGGAGAUGCCGCCAACGCUGCUGCAAGCUGCCAACGAAACUCUGCAAACCUAUAUUUGGCAGGUGAAUGAAGCAUUGAGUGGCACGUCAAAUACCUACUUCACCACCAAACGCAAAUUGCUGAGACAAUUCAAGUUGAACAAUCUACAAAUUGAAAUGCUGCGCCGCCAAUUGACUCCGCUGCAACCGGAAUUCAAGUUUCAACUGAUUUCCGAUGAGUUUUCCAUUUCCAAAAAGAAUGUUACCGAAUUUGAUAACUUGUAUUUGCGGUUCAUGAGCGAAUUUGCGGCUGCUUCCCAACAGCUGUGGGACACACUGUCCGAGCCUACUGUGGAGGAGCAGCAGGAGCUGCUGGAAUUGCUGGAUGAGAUUUCAAAAGAGCAGCAGCUACGUGAGAAGGAUAAAUUAUAUGAUGAAUUUAUUGCCAUGUUUCUAUUUAAAAUCGAAGAGAAUGAACUGGAGGCUAAGGAAUUGUACUGAAGUUCAAUAAACCAACUUAAACAAUU